AUGCUGUUCGGUCCACACAUUUUGCUGUGCCUGUUCCUGGGUCUGGAACCGACACUGAGCAGCGCCGAGGACCUUCAAAUAACUUUCUGGAUAGAGCCCGUGCAGAAACCCGAAUUCGAUGUGGAUGUUAUGGCCGUCAUGAAAGAACUGGAUGCACUGCAGCUGGACAUGGGCAUAAGUGAUGCUGUGGUGGAGCUAUCGCCCAAUAACGAGGAUAAAAAUAUGGCAGAAUUUUGUGAAAUUCUCAGCAAUAGGGGCAGCUCUGUGAUUAUAGAUCUAAGCUAUAGUCGCUGGCUUGAGGGCUACAAACUGGUGCGUAGCCAAGGCAUACCAUAUGUGCGAAUCGGUCGAAUGCUGCGCCCAUUUCUGGAAAUGUUCAGCGACUUUAUGCGGAAGAAGGUGGCGAACAAUGUUGCGAUGAUCUUUCAGAAUGCGCGCGACACCGAGGAGGCAGUGCGUCACAUGAUGCAGGGCUAUACCUUUCGUACGCUGAUCCUGGAUGCCAGCGCGCCGGCCGAUACGAACAAGGCGGGCGAUUUUGUGGGCAGACUUCUCUCGCUGCGUCCCAGACCCACGUACUAUGCCGUCUUUGGACGCGGCUCAGCCAUGAACUCCAUAUUCGAGCGUCUGCAACAGGCUGACGCCUUUCUGCGGCCCACCGAAUGGCAUUUUGUGUUUCUGGACACACGCGAUCGCGUCUUCAAGUACAAGCGGCAGGUUGAGCUCGCUACCAGGUUCACUCUGAAUGGCCGUGCGCUGUGCCGCUCUAUGCAGAUGCGGGAUCAGUACUGCACGAGCGGCUUUACGAUUCAACGCGCCGUUCUGUUGGAUCUUCUGCGCACUCUGAUCUUUGCGGCCCAGUUAAGUCCUCAGUUUCCCAAGCCCAUUUUUUUGGAGUGCAAUGCGACCGAUGCGACUACCCGUUCAGCGGAUGAGCGCGCCGCCUCCCAAGAGUUUCUGGAACAUGUCCAGCUGAGCAAUUUCCUAAGCUAUACGACAGUUGAAGAUGAUGAGGUGGUGGAUGAGGAGCCGUUGGAGGCCCAACCAGAUGCCAUUGAGUUGCCGCUCGUGAGCUUUGUGGCGAACAUUUCGGCUUCCUUCUAUUCGAAUGAGCAUGAGGCCAAGACCGAUCUGGCCAUCUGGAGUGCCGGCGAGUUGCGUUUGCUUAACGAUACCAUCAGUCCGGCGAAGCGGUUUUUUCGCAUAGGUACAGCAGUGUCCGUUCCUUGGAGCUAUUAUCGUCGCCAUCCAAACACGAACGAGCUGGUGCUCGACGCUCACGGUCAGCCGAUUUGGGAAGGCUACUGCAUCGAUUUCAUGGAGACGCUGGCCCGCAAACUGAACUUUGAAUACGAAAUUGUGGGACCAACAAGAGGUCACAUGGGAGAGCGCGAUGGGCAUGGUGGCUGGGAUGGUGUGGUGGGUGAUCUGAUAGCCGGCGAGACGCACUUCGUCAUUGCCGCCCUCAAGAUGUACUCGGAUCGGGAGGAGGUGGUCGACUUCCUGCCACCAUACUACGAGCAGACGGGCAUUUCGAUUGUGAUGCGUAAACCCGUGCGUCGCACCUCGCUCUUUAAGUUCAUGACCGUGCUGCGUCUGGAGGUGUGGCUGAGCAUUGUGGCGGCUCUCAUUGGCACGGCAUUAAUGCUCUGGUUCAUGGAUCGAUAUUCGCCGUACAGUUCGCGCAACAACCGCGAUGCCUAUCCCUAUCCGUGCCGGGAGUUUACGCUGCGCGAGAGUUUCUGGUUCGCUUUAACAUCCUUUACCCCACAGGGUGGUGGCGAGGCGCCCAAAGCCAUUUCUGGCCGCAUUCUCGUCGCCGCCUACUGGCUGUUUGUGGUGCUUAUGUUGGCCACGUUCACAGCCAAUCUGGCCGCCUUUCUCACGGUGGAGCGUAUGCAGACGCCAGUGCAGUCCUUGGAGCAAUUGGCUCGGCAGUCGCGCAUCAAUUAUACAGUCGUGGAGGGUUCGGAUACGCAUCAGUACUUCAUGAACAUGAAGUUUGCCGAAGACACCUUGUAUCGCAUGUGGAAGGAGCUGGCGUUGAAUGCCUCUGACGACUAUCACAAGUUUCGCAUCUGGGACUAUCCGAUUAAGGAGCAGUAUGGACACAUUCUGCUGGCCAUCAAUGGCUCCGACCCGGUCAGUAAUGCGUCUGAAGGCUUUCGCAAAGUUGACGAGCACUUGAAUGCCGACUACGCCUUCAUACACGAUGCGGCCGAAAUCAAAUACGAGCUCACCCGUAACUGCAAUUUCACGGAGGUGGGUGAGGUAUUCGCCGAGCAGCCGUACGCCGUUGCCGUGCAGCAGGGCAGUCAUCUGGGGGAUGAGCUGAGCUACGCCAUAUUGGAGCUACAGAAGGAUCGGUUCUUUGAAGACCUGAAGGCCAAGUAUUGGAAUCUAUCGAACCAACGCAACUGUCCCGCCUCCGAGGACCAGGAGGGCAUUACCCUAGAGAGUUUGGGUGGCGUUUUCAUAGCCACGCUCUUCGGCCUCGUCCUUGCCAUGAUUACCCUAGGCGUUGAGGUAAUGUACUAUCAAAAACGCAUGGAGCAAUUGUCUCUUACGCAGGUCAAGCCACUGGGCACGAAUACUGCGCCUGCCAUCAAGCGUGCCUGGCAUACCGAAGGGGACAAACGCAAGCCUAAGCAUCUAACGCCGCCGCCCAGCUUCGAGGCUGCCACAUUUCGUGGCAAGAAGUUGCCGACGAAAAUAACUUUGGGUGACGGGAAAUUCAAGCCGCGCUUGCGCGAACAUGGCUUACAAUCGCGUCGAGAACUGGACACUGCAGAGCCAGAUAUGCACUCCGGCUACAUGGAAUAG